AUGGCGCCUGACAGAAAACAGUUGCAAAGCAUGUUCCAACAUGACAAGGAGUCCUUCAAGGAAUAUGCUCAGAGAUUGAGGGAACUGGCUUCUCAAGUUGAACCCACUCUUGCCGAAAAGGAACCGGCCGAACUGUUCAUCGACAUUGUCCAAUCCCAAUUCUAUGAGAAGAUGGUUGGAAGUACUUCCUUAGGAUUCUCCGAGCUUGUUCCUAUAGGGGCUCGUGUCGAAUAUGGCUUAAGAAAUGGAAAAAUUGCAGUUGUGGCUGGAACUUCAAAUGCUAUUCCAAAGAAGUUCUCUGGAGGGUUUCCUAGAAAGAAGGAAGGUGAAACUAAUGUUGCGUCUAUCGGCCAAGGAAGGAGACAACAACAAUAUUCACCACUACAAUAUGUUCAACAACCCUUCCCAUAUCAGCAGCCCAUGUAUCCCAUUCAGUACGCCCCGCAACCGUACGUAGCUGCUGUGACGCCCGCCUUCAAUCAACAAACUGCUCAGGCUUAUCAAGCGCCUCCAACUUACCGACCAACUCCAGUUCAACAACGUGUUAUAGUUCCUCAAGCUUAUCAACAAGCACCAGCAGCUCUUGUCUAUCAACAGCCGAGAGCUCAAGCUCCAAGGCAAAUUGCUCAGAACCAUAAUAAGAGGCAAGGGGAUAGGGUGACAUUCAAUCCAAUCCCAAUGUCGUACACUGAGCUUUACCCCUCCCUAUUGCAAAAGGGUUUGGUAGUUCCCAGACCUAUGAGACCUCCACCUGAUUGUCUGCCUCCAUGGUACAACCCUAAUGCACAUUAUCCUUUUCAUGAGGGUUCCCUCGGGCAUGACCUAGAGGGUUACUAUGCUUUGAAGCAUAGGGUUCGUGAGUUGAUUGACAGCAAGAUCCUGUCUUUUAAAGAUACGGGACCGAAUGUGAAGAACAAUCCUCUUCCUUCCCAUGGAGAUCCUGCAGUAAACGCCCUUGAAGAUGUCUCUGUUGGUGUUAUGGUUGAGAAGGUGGAGGAUGUCAAGACUCCUUUGGCAGCGUUCCAUGCCCAGUUGGUGGAAGCUGGCCUGAUUAAUGUUAAUCAUGAAAAUUGUGAAGAGUGUGCCACAUACCCAAAGGGGUGUCAGGUGGUACGAGACAACAUUCAAGACUUGAUGAAAAAAGGAGCACUUCAGAUAUCCAGCGUUACAAAGAAUGAAGAUAUGUUGGUAAUUGAACCUUGCUUCAAUUUACCUGAACCAGUUGAAAUCCCAUAUUAUAGUGGUGGAGUGGUUCCUACGAAUAGUCAGUCGUCGCCUGUUGAGAUAUGUAUGCCCACGCCUUUUCCAUACGAUAGCACCAAGGUUAUACCUUGUAAAUAUGAGAUUACUGUUGUGGAUAAGGUUUUUGAAGGAAGUGUAGACGUUGAAGUGACAGAAGCUGUGAGUGAGGACGUCACCAAGAUUCCCGGAAUGAGCAAAAUGACCCGUAGUGGUCGAAUCUAUACACCUGAAAAUUCAACGUGA